CAUGGUAGCGUGAUUAUUUGCACUUUUAAUAAAAAAAACAAAAAUUUUUGCCUAAUUAUGUCGGAUUCAUCUGAUAACGAGGACUUAUCUCGCUUCAGAGAAGCUGUGGAUACAUCUUUCACUACACUGAUUGAUCAAUCACGGGGUAAAAAGCCAGAACAAAGCAAAGCAAAAGAGGUACCAGAAUUAAAAUCUGAACGAUAUCUGGAGGUAGCAAGUCACUACAACGAUGUGAAGGUACCAGCAGAGAUGCAGAAGCAGAUUGGCGCCAAAAUAUCAGCGAUAAUUGAUAAGAAGAUAAAGUUUGUGGAUGUUGAAAAUAAUUUUAAGAAAAGGAAAAUCAAGGGUGGUGUAAAAUUAUUUAGGGACUCUUCGGAGUACCUAUCCCAUGAAGACGCUAAGGACACAUACACAGAGUCACACAACGCUGAGGCCAAGAAGCUUAGAAAAAAGAAGAAGGAUACUGAAGACAAUAAUAUGGAUGAGAAUGAAAAACUGAAUGCUACUGUUGUAAGUGGGGAAUAUGUUUUAUCCAAAGAAGAAACAAAAUGUUGGAAAUCACGAAGGAAAGAAAAAUUAUUCAAAUACAAAUCUCAAGGCAAAAGUAAGAUUUUGACUGCUGUAGAAUAAAAAGUUGUAACACGACGACGCGCCGCCCGCGCUCGAUGACGCAGCGCCGCCCGCGCUCGAUGACGCAGCGACACCCUGCCCCGCACGCGGCGGCCCCGCUACGGACGGAGCAUAUAAAAGGCGUCGACGCCGUACAGAGGCCAGUCUGCGUUCGGAGCGUUCUGGGCGCACAUCUCUGCAUCGACUUAGGUCGGUCUUUGAAUGCGCCUGAUUCUCCCCGAGCAUAGGCUACCCCGCGCGUAUAUUGUCGUUCCCGUGUUGGCUUCGUUAGCGAACCGCACGGCGUUCUAUAAUAUACGUUGCUAUACUUCGUUCCCCAAUACUUAGCCCUCUUAUCUUAACUAGCCGGUUUAUCAUUGUUAUUAAAUUAAUAGUUUGCAACUACUUAUUAGUUACUUUUCUUUGUUGAUACAAUAUACUUUAUUUUAAAUUAUAA